GUCGUUAUGGAUGACCUAAUCACAAAUCAGCCGGUUGUGAUCGAUAACGGUUCGGGUAUAAUAAAGGCUGGUUUUGCCGGAGAUCAAACGCCGAAAUGUCGAUUUGCAAAUUGCGUUGGUCGUCCCAAACAUACGCGUGUAAUGGCUGGGGCACUUGAGGGAGACCUCUUUAUUGGUUUGGUUAUUUUCAUGUUAUAA